ACACCACACACACACACACUCACACACAAUGCAGUGUACGUCUAACGCCAUAACAAGGUGCUGAACACUCGCGGACACAAUCAAACACACAGUUGCGAGAGCAAGACGAUCGUGCGUUACACUAUUAUUUUACUGAAAUGGCAGGGUUCAACUUUGAGACUCAGCUCCAAGAGAGACUUGGUGUCCCAGAUGCAAUUUGGCUUGGAUACGUCCAAGUUGACCUGAACAAACCCGAGAUAGGCCGUGGCUCGGAUGCCACUGUGUAUACAAGUGAGUUGGAGGGUCUCCCUGUUGCUGUGAAGGUCUUACAUAGUAUUUUACUCCAACAGGGCAAUGUCGGGCGUGCAGCUCUUCUGCAGCGAUUCGGCACUGAGUGCCUAGUCAUGCGGCGACUGCAACAUGAAAGAAUUGUGCGACUCCUCGGGAUCGGCAUUGCUCCCAAUCAAUCUCCGUGUAUAGUGGUAGAACUGAUGGCCGGCUCGCUAUUUGAUCGAAUUGGAGUUGAGCCAAGAGAGCCAUUCGCUCAAAGCCUUCAGUAUCUACUCGACGUGGCAGAAGGCUUGCGCUUUCUGCACGGCAAGAACAUUUUGCACCGCGAUUUGAAACCACGUAACAUCUUGGUCACGGCAGGGCGAGCCAAGAUAGCUGAUGUUGGUUUGGCCCGCACUCUUCACGGUAGUCAAGGUGCGGACGUCACGGCUUUGACACGAUGCCCCGGUACGCCUUAUUUUAUGCCGCCAGAGAGCCGACAAGUAGGAACAGCAUACGACGAGAAACUGGAUGUGUUUUCUCUAGGAGUGGUGAUGCUGUCGCUGCUUGUGGGACGACCGCCUUCCCCAACUGAAGCUACUGUUCUGCUGGAGAAUGGAACGCGGAGAUCAGUUCCGGAGGGUCGCCGACGCAAAGCAGAUCUGGAUCGACUGGGCUCGGAUCACCCACUGCAUUCUCUAAUCGUGUCGUGUCUGCAUGAUGAUCCUGGAUCUAGACCAACAUCGGCUGAUGUUCACAUGCACUUACUGCAGAUCUCACUUCCCUCUAUGUCCGCAGAUCGCUAUUUGAGUCAGUUUUCAGACAUUCUGACUCAAUUGCAAAUGAUCUCCACACAACAGCAGGCAAUCAUCACCCGAGUGACAGCUGUGGAAGAGAAAGUGAACGGCAUGGAUGCAUUGAGGGAGAGAGUUUCCACCAUCGACACUAACCUCAGUGCCCACUCAUCAACUCUCACUUCACUCAACUCCACCGUGGACUCACGCUUUGCUGCAGUGGACUCACGCUUUGCUGCAGUGGAUUCACGCACAGCUGCAGUGGAAUCGCGUGUCUUCACACCUUCGUCUAGAUCCAGCACUAUGCCUACUCAACGUCUGACGGCGACUACCUCACAAAGCCGUGACUCUAUUCCCAAACCCACUCCAUCACCACGCUGUACAUCUUCUGCAACACCACUGAUGAUGUCAUCCAGCGCUUCCUCAGCUCAAACACCGGCUAGAGUGCCCAGACAAGGGUCAGCCUCAGAUCAGACUACCUUGCCCAGAAACACGUUGUCACCUUCACCAUCAACAGCAUCAUCAGCAGCGGCAGCAGUAGUAGCUGCAUCUCCACCACGGAAGCGUGAUUACACACAGAUCCGCAAAUCAAAGUACUCAUUUGGUAGACAGGGCAGUGGGAGAGAUCAGUUUGGCGGCCCUUGGGGACUAGCAACCAAAAAAGCUGGUGACCUGAUCAUCUGUGACGCCAUAAACCACAGCAUAAAGAUACACGGUGUUGAUGGCCAGUUCAAGCAGACGACUGGUCGGCACGGUACAAACUGUGGAGAGUUCGACUUCCCAACAGCUGUGCAUGUAACAGAUGAUGAACGAGUGAUCAUUACUGAUACUUUCAACAACCGACUACAGAUCACUGACAAGGACUUCUCCAAGUUCAGCACCAUAGGACGUUUUGGAUCAGGAAUUGGCGAGUUCAAUUUCCCAACUGGUGUUGUCCUAGUGAACCACAGCAUACUGGGCCAGUGCCUUGCUGUGACAGAGUACAAUAGCCAUCGGGUUCAGGUUGUGCCAUGCAGUGGUGAGACAGGAUAUGCAUUUGGAACAAAAGGUAGUGGUCAAGGCCAAUUUCAAUUUCCAACCGGCAUCACAGUGUACCACAACAGGUUGUUUAUUGCUGACCGGAACAACCAUCGCAUCCAGGUAUGUUAUCAUGUUCAGCUGGCAACAACGUCAACAAUGAUGCCAAAUACGACAACAACCGCAAUGCCAACGACGGCAACAACGAUGAUGACGAUAGAGACGACAGCGACAACAACAACAACAACAACAACAACAACAACAACAACAACAACAACAACAACAACAACAACACCAACAUUAACAACAACAAGUUACAACAAAAACUACUACUACUAAAACUACUACAGCAGCAGCAGCAGCAGCUACAGCAAUGGAACCAGUAGCUAGUUCAGCUUUAUAUCGUUGUGACAGGUAUUUAUAGGUGGUUGUUCCAAACUUUGGUGCUUACACUUCAUUCUGAUUGACUUGACACUUGACUGACUCAUGACUGCCGUCUAGAGCCCAUGAGCAGCAAGUAGAAUGUUUGACUCAGAAAAUCUGGAAAAAAGUGCCACCCUCUGCAAUGUGCAGUGUUCCGGGGAAUGCGCCCUGUAUCAGCUGAGCUUCAGAACGUUACUGUAAUCAGUACUCUGAGAGCACUGCAAAAUGUGUUGCUCUCUGGCAAGAGCCGAGAUCCAAA